AUGGAUGAAAGCAACAGGGUGCCGACGGGGGAAGCUCCUUCGGACGAACCUCCUUUGAAAGUUAGGCGCCAUGAGGGAGGCCACGGUGAACUGCGGGAGACCAGCAGUGGGGAUACCAAUCCUCAAGGAGCCACGCUUUUUAUUCGCUGUACCUCAAUCCACGGGCGGGGGGAGUUAUUAAAUGGAUUCAUUUCGGAGCACCGGGAGGCUCUCGGGGUGGCGAAGUGGUAUAACGUUGCAGGCGAUGAGUCUGACGGUCGAUGCGUCCCCACUCUCCGAACCGACGCUCCUUUUGAGUGUGUUUACGUGAGGUCAUCGCGGAAGCCGUACUUCCUCCUCGAGUUUAAUGAAAAGGGUGAUGUCGCUAAGAAGUUCGUGGAGAAACUUGUUGGGCUUCGAAAUACACUGUACAAAGGGAGUCCCGUAUUUGUGGAGGUGGCAAAAGGUGGUUUGACAGUGGCUACUGAGCGUCUGAAGCUGGAAAAGCGAGAUGCAGCGAGGCGCUCGGCUACAGCAGUGCCACUUUCGUUUUCAUCCGAUAAGCCCACUGGGCCGACAGCGUUUGUUCCGCGUGCUGUGCGAAAAAGAUAA